GAAAAUGAAGAAUUAAGAACCACUAUCGGUCAACUUCGUGGCCAAAGAGAGGAAAACAUACAUUAUAAAGAACCGAAGGUUAGCCUCCCAGAUAAAUUUGAUGGAACAAGAGCCCUAUAUAGAAGCUUCCUAAACCAAGUUUGGUUAGUAAUUCGUAUGCAACCUAAUCGCUACCCAAAUGAUCAAGCACAAGUGGGCCUGUUUGAAAGUUUACUUACAGAACCAGCCCUUGCAUGGUUUGCCUCAUUAUUGGAAAACGAAUCGCCAAUACUGGAAACCUUCACAAAUCUGAUAAAAGAGUUCAAAGCUACAUUCGCAGCUUUUAUUGACCAAUUUAGGAAUGGACUCCGAAAUGAUAUAAAGGAUUUGUUUCUUACUGUUGAAGACCCUACCUCCCUAAAUGAUGCCAUUACAAAAGCAGUUAGAUGUGAUAAUCGGUUGUUUGAACGAAAACAAGAAUGA